AGCUGCCUGGUUGUUUUCCAGGACAAGUGUGCCAAUCAAGGGCGGACUGACCAUUGGGAAACUCGGGCACUGCCCAAGGGCCUGGGGUCAGUAGGGGGUCCCAUGAGAUGCCCCUGGUACCUUUUUCAUAGGCUUUUUUGAGUUUGGGCAAGGACACAGGGGCCCCAUGAUCCCCUAUUGCCCAGGGGCCCCAUGAGUUGUCAGUCCGCCCCUGCAUUCAGCAGCUGUCAGCCUUUCAGUGGGGCUGGUAGUGCGCCUGUGCCCUCCACACACACACACC